GAACUGUUCCAGAGCGCAGAUAAAGAGAAGGGAGCGCAUCUCUGUGUCAGACACCUGAUGAGCAUCCCCCAAACUCUGGAAAGCAGUCGGGGACAGAACCUUCCGAGAGAUCACUGUUUGGGGGGUUUUAUCGAAGCUCUAUCAAGUUUGGAAAACACCAGCAAAGGAGUAUUACUUUUAUAAAAGUAGGCUACAGUAAUAAACUGGACUUUCAGAGAUGGCACUCUCUUUUCGACGCAGGUGUUUGCUUUUGCUGUGUUUGACAGCUAUCCAGGGUGGCCAUGCUUCCGUUCAGACGUGCAUGGAUAAGCACCAGGUGGUCGGGGUGCUCCGUCAGAUGGAGAAGUUUCUGAAAGGCCAGGAGAUGAGAUUCACCGAGGGCCUCAGGAUCAUGAAGUCAAAGCUGGCGACACUUCAGAACUCGGUCUCCAAGUUACCUCAAGCGGACCAGACAGCCGCUCCAACCACCUGCCCCUCUCUGGAAGCCCCUGCUCACGGAACAAAGUUCGGCUCAAAGUACUUUGUCGGACAUGAGGUCCACUUCACUUGUUCCCAGGGAUACCGUCUUGUUGGCUCUGCUACGCGGGCCUGCCGGGAUAACGGCACCUGGACGGGGAUCAGUGCUAUUUGUAAAG